GUGGCUACCCUGAAGAAGGCAAACAAAUAUAGAUAAAGCCGUGAUUACAUACACCGAAAUGGCAUAAGUUAAUAAUAUAACGAUGAUUUUGCCUUUAUAUAUAAAGAAGCCAAAGUAAUUCUAAUCCUUUAUAGAACUUUAAAAUCAAAGCAAAUUUUUUACGCCUUCAAUUGACUCUCUAAAAUGUUUAAAUAACUAGACUGCAAAUUAAUAGGCUAUUUGUUUGGCGAAAAUUCUCGUAACAAAGUUUGUGUUACCUAGAAAUUAUAAACAGCGGCUGCGGAAUUGCGGUGAAAAUGAGAAUCGGGGAUGUGCUCCGCCGGUUGGAUGCAUAUCCACGUACACUUGAGGAUUUCAGUGUACGUACUGUAAGUGGUGCGGCAGUUACUGUUAUCAGCACUAGCAUCAUUGUUAUGCUGAUUUUUCUAGAAUGUCUAGACUAUAUUCGUCCAAAAAUCCAUGAAGACCUAUUUGUUGAUACAACACGCAAUCACAAGCUGCGCAUCAAUUUAGAUUUGACAGUGCACAGUUUGGCGUGCAGUUAUGUUUCAUUGGAUGCAAUGGAUUCAUCAGGUGAUCAGCAUUUGCGUGUUGACCAUGACAUUUUCAAACAUAGGUUGGACUUACAGGGUAAUCCGCUGAAAGAAACAGAGCCAAUUAAAGAAAUUGUUGCGGUUUCACCUUCAAAUAAGAAUUCAACAUGUGGUAGCUGUUAUGGAGCGGAACUUAAUAGUACACAGUGUUGCAAUACUUGUGAAGAGGUUUUGGAUUCAUAUCGCCAACGAAAGUGGAAUGUGCAAUUGGAAAAAAUUGAACAAUGCAAAGAUAAGCACAAGCGCAAUGAUAUUGAGGCAUUUAAGGAGGGCUGUCGCGUGCAAGGACAUUUGGAAGUAAAUAGGAUGGCUGGAAGUUUUCAUAUAGCACCAGGGAACAGUUUUUCUAUACGACAAUUCCAUAUACACGACUUUCAAUUUUCCGAGGUAAAAUUGGAUCAUACAAUUAACCAUUUAUCAUUUGGCGAUAAAAUAGAUUUUGCAAAAACCCAUCCACUUGACGGACUACACACCGAAUCAGACAAAGAUAUAAAAAGUGAAAUGUACAAUUACUAUUUAAAAAUUGUGCCUACGUUGUAUGCGAGGAUUAACCACCCACCCAUACAUACGAAUCAGUUCUCAGUGACGCGCUACAAGAAGGAUCUCUCUAAUAGUGAGCGGGGUAUGCCUGGAAUUUUCUUCAGUUAUGAACUAUCACCGUUGAUGGUGAAAUACGAAGAAAAGAAAAGGUCCUUCGGUCAUUUUGCCACAAAUUGUUGUUCCAUAAUUGGUGGUGUUUUUACAGUAGCUGGUAUUAUUGCCGUUUUCCUAAACACCUCAUUGGAAGCAUUGCAGCGUAAAUUAGAAAUAGGAAAGAUGAGUUAACGAAAUACACUGUGUACAUAACACAUUCCGAUUUUUUCUCAAAUCUAAUAUGUAUGCAUGUAUUUAUGUAUAUAUACGAUUUUUACAGACUGUAUAUUAUUGCCACUGACCUCUUACGUACUGUAUGGAUUUUAUGUUUUUGCAUAUGUAUUUCUAUGCAUUGCUGAUUUAUUAAUGAUUGCAUAAAAUCUGCGCACAUUUUGGUGCUAGAAUUUUAGUUGCUCUAAGAAUCUCAUCAAAUCAAAUAGUAACGCUUUAUUUUAUGUUUGACCAAUUUAAUAUGAUUUUAUUUCAAUGUUAGUACAUUGUAUCAUGUUGAAAUUUAAUGCUUAACUUUUCUUAAAUCUCUUAUAAUUUGUAUGCCCUUUAUUCACUUAAAACGCAAAUAAUUUGUACAGUAGUUGUAUUUACCAUCCAAAAGUUAUACUUUUUUUUAGACCAAAUUAAAUAUAUAUAUUUGUAUAAACUC